UGCAAAAAACUUACCUUUUCUUGAAGAUAUUCUCUCUCUCUCUGUGGAAAUUUCAAACGUUAGAAGUAAGUAGCUUUCACUGCCAAUCCAACAGCUACAGUUUUCCAAAAUUUCCAAAAUUUUCAUGUGGCCUUGCAUACAUAUUAGCUGGCCUUAACGUUUUCACACAUUAUGCAAUGUGAAUAAAAAAUCACUAUAAAAUCAAAAACAGAGAUAUACUAUAUCAUUUGCUAGACAAUUUCAUUGUGUUAUUUGCUCUCUCUCUGCAAAUUCAAGAUCAUUUCCAAGGCAAAGAUGAAUGAUUCUGCAGAUGAUUAUAGCCAUGAAUUUGAUUAUCAGUCAGAUUUCACACAGUUCUUGAAAGAAGCCAAAAACAGCACCUUCCAAGUGAAUCUAAAUGGAGUAGAGAAAAAGGAGACAAAACAGUUGGAUUGGGAGAAAAAGCACAGGAAAUCAUGGAAAAAAUCCCUAUUUUCUUGGUUGAAGAAUGGCACUAGAAGUAAAAGUAAAACACUCAAUCAACCAUCUCACUCUCACACCACUUGCCCCGCCUCGAGGGCGAAGCGUGCCAACAUGUCGGGGCCAAUCAGACGAUCUACUGGUGUUGUCGGUGCAUCGUCUGAAAGGACCCGACGUGCGGCAUCCGGGCCCCUGGCCGGGCUUUUUGGUUCGACCGGGAGCCCGAAAGGAGCAUACAUGUGCCUUGGAGAGAUUAAAGAGGAGAAGAUUCAAGCUUAUGGGCCUAUAUAUAUGGUCACAUAGUUUUGUUUGAUUUUUAAGGUUAAUUUCGGGAUAUAGAAUUUAUUGAAUUUUGGAUGAGUUGAGACAGCAAUUGGAUAAUUGUUUGGUGCCAUCUUGUGGUAGACCACAUAUUUUGCUUGCAGUUGGAUCAACAUGGCAUAUUGGCAAUGGCACCCCUAAUAAAAGUUAAUGUUUUUAUUACCCUACAAAAUA